UCGUGGUAUUGAAGGUGGAGAGAGAACUGUAUAUAUCAGUGGUAUUGAUAGCUCUGGGAAUCUGUGAUUUAUCCUUAAAAUCAAUUCGUUAUUUUAUGCUUUAUUUUUGUGAUUUUUUUUUCACCGUCUGAAUGGAGCUUUUAUUUUGGUGUACUGAUGUGACGUCAUAAGGUUGCGCCGCGCUACGCACUUGCUUGUAAGGUUCUGCUGACGAAAGAUAAACUGAAGCGACUGAGAUCCUCGAGACACUGUUCUAAAGAUGGAGUUUAUUAAAGAGGAGAGUGAAGACCUGAAGAUUGGAGAAGCUUUCAGAGUCAAACAAGAAGAUCAUGAGGAACAAACCGAGAUGAUGUCUGUGAUAGAGGAGAGUGAAGACAUGAAGAUUGAAGAGGCUUUCACAGUCAAACAUGAUCCUGAGGAACAACAAGCAGAGAUGAGGAUUAUUAUAGAGCAGAGUGAAGAUGAAGUCAAACAUGAAGAUGAGGAGCUAACAGACCCGAUGGCGCUGAAAGAGAAGAGUCAAGAACUGAAUGAAACCGAAGAGAAAAAUCAGAAAUGUCAUGAUGUCAUGGCUGGGGAAAACUCUUUUAGUUCCUCUCAGACUCGUAAAAGAGCAACUAGAAAGUCUACAGUCCAGAUGAUAGUUCACACUGAAGAGAGACCGUUCGCCUGUCAACAAUGUGGGAGGAGUUUCAGUCAAAAACAAGGCCUUUCAAUGCACUUGAAAAGCCACGAACCUCAAACCUGCAAGAAGUGUGGGAGGAGUUUCAAAGCUAAAGUAAAUCUGAAGGCUCACAUGAGAGUUCACUUUGGUGAAAAGCUGGUCAUGUGCUUAGAGUGUGGAAAGAGUUUCAAUCAAGAAGCCAGUCUUAAAGGCCACAUCAGAAUACACAAUAUAAAAGGCCCUUUUACCUGCAAACCGUGUGGAAAAUAUUUUAAACGAAAGGAAAACUUUGAUGUGCACAUGAGAAUUCACACUGGAGUGAAGCCGUUCAAAUGCCCUCUCUGUGGAAAGAGUUUUUCACUGAAAAUUAAUUUUACAGCCCACUUGAGAUUUCACACCAGAGACGAUCCUCACACCUGCAAAAUGUGUGGGAAGAUCUGCAAAUCCAAUGAUCAUCUGAUGUCUCACAUGAGGCUUCACGCUAGAAAGAAGGAUAACAACUGCGUACUGUGUGGAAAGAGUUUCAAAGAUAAGAGAAGCCUUAUGAAUCACAUGAUUAUUCACUCGAGAGAGAAAGGGUUUAGAUGUCAUCUGUGUCAAACAAGUUUUGCUGACAGGGAUCAACUCAAGAAUCAUGUACAAAAUCACAGUGUGGACCAGCGGCACAUGUGCCAUCAAUGUGGGAAAAGUUACAAAACCAACAAAUAUCUUCAGGCCCAUAUAAAACUUCACGCUGGAGAGAAGCCUUUCACAUGCGAACUGUGUGGAAGGAGAUUCACAAGUAAAUCAGGCCUUAAGAACCACAUGAAAAUUCACUCGAGAGAAAUGUAUUAAUGUCAUUCUGAAGAGAAGCCUUUCUCCUGUCCUCAGUGUGACAUGAGUGUCAUACAUCACAUUAGCCUGAAGCGGCACUUAGAAACUCAUUCUGGAAAUAAUUCCUUGUUUCCCAUGAGACAAAAGGUUUAGAAAUGAUGCAUUCACUUUUGGAGAAAGACAGUUCAGUUGUGAUUGGUGUAAUAAAAACAGCAAACGUAUGAAAUAUACUUACAAAUAUAUGAAAAGUCAUUUAAUUGUGACCCUGUUUGUGUUGUUUAUAUAAAAAAGUACCCUUACAAAAAGUUUGUUCAAGACUGCUGUUAGUUUACUUGUUUUUGACAAAAAUAGGAAUAAAAAGUAAUUGCCUCCUUUUAAAAUAAAAAUGGAGCACACAAUUUUUGUCUCAUCCAGCUGUAUUUACUGUAAUAUAAAUAGCUAGAGUUUAUAGUGUAAACAAUCAAACAGAGUGUAAAACUGUCUUUUCUGCCUGCCCCAAAGCCUGUGCUGUUCAUCACUAGCUGUGUUUCCACUGUCGAGCUAGAACCGGGUGUGCUAGUGUGUGCCAGGGCCAGACGCGUUUCCACUGUCACUUCCGGGGCUUCCUCGGGGCCAACGGCCAGGGUUUUAUGGCCAGACGAAAUCCUUGGGCCAAAGCGGGCCAGCUGGGGCUAGAGGAGGGGUUAUGAACAAAGAGGAGUUUCUUCGCGUCUAGAGUCUGCUCUGCGGAUCAUUUCAGAAAGAUAACAGCUUUAACAGCAGCAUUAAAGACGUUUUUAAAUCAGUUGAGCUCAAAACUCACUCUUAGUUAGCAGCAAGUGUUUGAAAUAACUUGAUCCGAUGUGGAUUAUAAUCACUAAACAAGGCAGAAAUAUUUAUAAGCGAUGUAAAAGACUAUGUACGCUAAACAUUAACGUUACACAGUAAACAUGUUAAAUAUUACCGCUUGGAGAAAUCAGACGUCAGCUUCUUAUUCUCUAUCACAAUCGUGUGAUUAUUUAGUAACUUAUAUUAUCUGUCACGAGUCUUGUCUUGAGGGUUUAGGUGCACAUUGUUGCCUAUCAUAAAGAACGCAUUAUGCUUUUAUAAAAAUGGAGAUAUUAUCAUUCAUUCUAAAUGUGGCUACAGAUAAACAGAAACAGACUCGACUGAAUGAGCAGGCUAUUUCAUAAGCGUUAUAAAAAAAUAAAUAUUAUUAAGUAUUUCUGUGUGAUUAAUUUUGAGUCCUGAUCAAUUAAUUUAUGAUCAAUGUAUCACUUCUGUAGUAAAUCUUAGAUGCUUUUGAAUUUGAAUAAUUACCAACGCAUGGAAACAAAUUAGGGCUCUGAGCCCCGCCCGGCCUGUUUUAAGCCCUGGCUCACACUGGCCCCACAGGGGAAAUACGGCUAAUGAUCCAUCUUCAGAUUGAUCUUCAACAGAUCCCUGGAGCCGUGUGUAGUCCCCUUCUGCUUCAGAUGCUCCACCAUUAUUCCUGCACCCAAGAAAACAAAAAUAAGAGGACUUGAUGACUACAGACCUGUUGCUUUAACAUCUGUGGUGAUGAAGUCAUUUGAAAGACUGGUGUUGGCCUACCUGAACAUUACUGGACCCUUGCUGAGCAAACAGCUCUGUGGAUGAUGCAGUGAAUAUGGUGUUAAUGGACAUGAUGAAUUUGCAAUUGUACUGGCUAGAUUUGCUCUAAACAGAUGUACUGUAACCCGAGUAGUAAUAAUGCUUUUGCUUAAGUACUAAGAUGUAACCCUGUGAUUAAUGCUAUAUUGAAAAUAUAUUGUGUAACUUCACUAACAUUAAGAAAACUGCUUACUUGCAUGAAAUGUAUGUAGUGACUGAUUUAGAGUAGAAACACUUAUGUAUUAGAAAUAGUUUUUUAUGAUAAAUAGACAAUAUAGUAGUUAAGGUGUAUUUCACAGAUGGUUAAGAGGAAAAAGAAGAGGAAAAGGACUAAAGCAAUGUGAAGUAAACAACUGAAAGCCUCGGCAGCGCUCCAGGUGAUGAACCAGCGUUCGACGUCUGGGUAUAAAAGACUGAGAGAGACUCGACGGACGGAUACUGAACAAGCACAGUGUCCCUCGACGCCUGAAACCAGCUGAUUAUACCUUGAUCUUGUAACUUUACUAUUGUACGUUGAUAUAACUUUUGUUAACUUUAAUAAAACUUGUAUUUUUUAUUGAUAA